AUGUCUCUGAUGAAGCAAAUGUCCGACAACAUGGACGACACUCCGUCGACACCUGGAAAGUUCAAGAUGGAGAAAGGUUCCUACUUUCAUAGGGCUCGGUGGCACUCUUCCCUCGCCAAGCUCACCAUUUGGUCCUUUGUGUUCUUGGGUGUCAUCUUCUUCUUCUUCUUCAGAACCCCAUCAUCACCUUCAUCCCUCCCUGCAGACCCUUCUCGCAGGUUCCUAAGGACCUACAGUUAUGGUGGUGCUGCAUGGGAGAAGAGGGUUCGUUCCUCUGCCAGGGUAAGGUCCAACAAUGGUGUCUCUGUGCUUGUCACUGGUGCUGCAGGGUUUGUUGGAACCCAUGUCUCUGCUGCCCUCAAACGCCGUGGUGAUGGAGUGCUUGGCCUUGACAAUUUCAAUGACUACUAUGACCCAUCACUGAAACGUAAACGCCAAGCUCUUUUGGAGCGCACUGGGGUGUUCAUUGUUGAAGGGGAUAUCAAUGAUGCAUCACUUUUGAGGAAGCUUUUUGAGGUUGUUCCUUUCUCUCAUGUGAUGCAUUUGGCUGCUCAGGCUGGUGUGAGGUAUGCUAUGGAAAAUCCGGGAUCUUAUGUGCAUAGCAAUAUUGCUGGUUUUGUCAAUUUGCUUGAGAUUUGUAAGUCUGUGAAUCCACAACCUGCUAUAGUGUGGGCAUCUUCUAGCUCAGUUUAUGGACUAAAUACCAAGGUUCCCUUUUCAGAAAGUGAUAGGACUGACCAGCCUGCUAGUUUGUAUGCUGCUACUAAGAAGGCUGGUGAAGAAAUUGCUCACACAUAUAAUCAUAUAUAUGGACUUUCCUUAACAGGGUUGAGGUUCUUUACUGUUUAUGGACCUUGGGGUAGGCCUGAUAUGGCUUAUUUCUUUUUCACAAGGGAUAUUUUAAUGGGGAAGCCAAUUCCAAUCUUCGAAGCUGCUAAUCAUGGCAUGGUUGCCAGAGAUUUUACUUAUGUUGAUGACAUUGUGAGAGGAUGCUUGGGAGCAUUGGACACUGCUGAGAAGAGCACUGGUAGUGGUGGGAAGAAGAAGGGACCAGCUCAAUUGAGGGUAUUCAAUUUAGGGAAUACUUCACCUGUGCCAGUUACAGAUCUUGUGAGCAUUUUAGAGAGGCUCUUGAAGGUUAAGGCCAAUAGAAACAUAAUGAAGUUGCCGCGAAAUGGGGAUGUGCCAUUUACUCAUGCAAACAUUAGCUAUGCUGAGAGAGAGUUUGGGUAUAAACCUACAACAGAUUUACAGACUGGUUUGAAGAAAUUUGUUCGGUGGUACCUCAAUUACUAUUCUGAUGGACAGAAAGCUGCUGAGUGA